ACUGUCAUCUCGUCUCCUUGCUCUUGGAAAGGAGAAAUGAUCGAGAUUCGGGGGUGGUUGCACUUAAAUAGAUUCCGAAGAGCCAGCUAUUUAUGUACCUACUGACAGACAAAGUUAUUGAGCAGAGCGCUUUUAUAAUAGACCAAGGAUAAAUAAACAAGGAAGAACAAACAACAACGAACAUCGUAACGCGACAUUGUAUUGUGAUCCCGAAAUAAUCAACGCGAUUGCGUGAAAAUGUCACUUGGCCAGAAAUCAACGUAGUCGAUUGUUAUUGUGGCCACUAAUCAACGUCGCCUCUAAACCGGCUCUCUUUCGCGAAUCUGAGACACGUGGUCGAGAAAUGUCAAAGAAACGUCAAAACGCUGGAAUGAUGUAAAAAUUUGCGAUAUCGUACCUCGACAAACCUGCGUACUUUUCAAGCGUCCUUUCCACUUGACAUUCUCUCCUUCUCUCUCUCUCUUUCUCCCGUUAUUCGUAAACAAACAGAUCAAAUUAGAUAAGGUUAGGUCGGAUAAACAUUCAAACGACGCACGCGUGAUAGAACCGGCUUGCCAUCGCAUAAUCCUACACACAGGAGCGUAAUUCAUUUUAUUGCCAAAUAAAUUUUUAUCGCGUCAUCGAUAAUGUCGAAGUAUAAGUGUCUGAGACCCGCUGGUAUGUCCGAUGACGAUGAUGAUGAUGAUUAUGAUGAUUAUAAUAAUGAUGAUGUUUUUUUCGAGAAGCAUGAUUUCACAAGAAAGGAGGCUUCGAAAGAUUCGAGGACGGAGAAUGAUUUCAAUAAUAUACUUGCUCAUGAAGAGCUCGAUCAGGAAAAUGAUCUGAUGAACGCAUGUAGAAUGGGAGACCUGAAGAUGCUACAAGAUCAUCUGAAAAAUAUAGCGUUCGAUAUUAAUAAAUUUUUGCAUACUGGAUGGACUUUGCUGUUGUAUGCCACUUCAUUGGUGCAACCAGAGAUAGUAGAAUAUCUGCUGAUACUUGGUGCAGAUCCAAAUAAAGAUAAAGAAGGAUUUACACCUCUUAUGGCACUGUGUAAUUCCACAAAAGGAACAUCUGAAAGAGCUCUGAAAUGUCUUAUAAAUUUAAUACAAGCAAAAGCUGAUGCAAAUCUUACCAAUAAACAGAGAGAAACAGCUCUAAUGUAUGCCUGUAUGUCGCAAGAUGCAACAUUUGUCGCCGAACUUAUAAAACAUGUACAUGACAUCAAUCUCCAUGACAGUGAUUGCAAAACUGCAUUGAACUAUGCUACUGUAACUAACAAGCCUGAUAUCGUCAAAAUUCUUUUGGAAUACAAUGCAGAUAUUUCAUUCCAAGACAGAAAUCACCUAUCUGCCAAGGACAUCGCGGAUAAAAAAGGAUUUACAGAGAUAUCUGCUUUGUUGGCUAGAGAUGAAGAACAUAAAAAAAUAAUCACUUGUAAAGUAUCCACUAGAACAACUUGGGAAGAUUUAUUUCCAGAUUUGUAUCCUAGGGGAGAAGACAUUUUAGAUGAUUAUAUAUUAAACAUGCUGUCUGGAAUGAAUUUGGAAAGUUAUAAGAGUCUGUUUGUGGGACUAAAUCUUAAAACUUUCUUACAAUUAACAGAGGAUGAAGUAUGUCACUUGAUCGAUAUCAGUGUUCAGAGAGAAGAGUUUUUAGAAAAUUUGGAAAAAUUUCAUCUUAAAAAGUGGAAUGUCAGCCUUCUUGGCAGUAAGAAGGACAUAAAUCCUUUCAGUGUUUAUGAUAAUGUAAUAUUACUGGCAAAUGUAAAGGAUAGGAUUGCUGUAAUAGGUGCCAGCUUUCAAUAUAUAAAAAAUAAUUUGAUAAAAGCUGCAAACGAAAAUAUUCAACUUUCUCCUUCGCUCACAUUACAAUAUGAGAAAGAACUGAGAGCAACUAAAAAAAAUUUGAAAAAUUUGAAGAACGAAAUAAUUCGCUUCAAAAAAUUAGCACAAAAGAUUGAUCAAAAAGAUGAUGUCAGUGUACCGGCAAUUUAUAUUGGUCCUAAAGAAAAUAAAUCCAAUUGGACUGUACCAUUAAGCGUUACACUAAUAGUAGGGUUGUACUUGUAUAAAUCAACAAUGUACAUGCAAAGAUUAUGGAAUAUUUAUAGUACAUAGAAAUAUAAUAUUUUUUUCAAUA